AUGAAAGUUAGUGCUCGGCCUAAGAGUAAGACGUUAAAACAGGUUUAUAAUCGUUUGUUAGUGGAGUCUCCUUUAUUUGUCUCUUUGUUUACUCGCGUAUCUAAUCGGCCUACGCCUGAACUUUGUGAUUUAACCGGUUUGGCUGCUCAUUAUCGCUGUCCGAGAACGGGAUUGCAGUAUCAUUCGGCUGAAGUCUAUGAAAGAAUUCGCGAGAUGUCUACUGAUACGGCCCAAAGAAUAGGAAAACUACGUCAUCUUGGUAAAGAGGCUAAUAUCUUUGGUAAGACUAAGUAA